AUGCCGGUCAGCUCGACUAUUCAUGAAGAGGAAACCUUCGCUCUCAAGAAGGGCUACAUUGGCAUUGCCUACUUAACCUCAUCCUGGGGAGUGUUGCCCAGUUGUGUGCUUGUGCUGUGUACCCUUACCUGUCUGAUUCCUGGUCUGUUUUUUGGACUUUAUGAGUACCCAUUGGCUCUUUUACCCAGCACUCCUGCUAUGGGGUUGGCCUCUUUUCGUGUGUCCCUUUUUGGCUUCCUGGUGGCCUCUUUCAUCAUACAAGGUCUGGAAGCAUUAUCUUGUCCCUCGAAGUGGUUCCUGUAUAAGGACCAUUGUUAUGGAUUUUUCAAGAACGAACUGAGCUGGCAGGAUGCAGAGGUGGCUUUCCUGGUGGCCAUCACCUCCACCAGGCGGAUAUCCGAGCUGCAAGCACUGUCCACCAGGGAGGAUCUCUGCGUGUUCCACCAAGACAGAGUGAUGUUACGGCUGGCUCCAUCUUUCAUCCCCAAGACCGAAUGUCAGCAGUAUGGCCAAUAUGCUCACCUGGCCUCUGUCACUUCCAUGAUGGAACAGGAAAUGAUUGCCAGUCACAUCGCCAACAACCACAUUACCAAGAAAGGUGUCUGGAUUGGCCUCUAUGACUCCUGCAUGAUGUGGUUGGCCUCUUUUCGUGUGUCCCUUUUUGGCUUCCUGGUGGCCUCUUUCAUCAUACAAGGUCUGGAAGCAAUAUCUUGUCCCAGGCACUGGUUCAUGUUUGAGAAUUUUUGUUAUGGAUUUUUCCAGGAAGAACUCAGCUGGUAUGAUGCAGAGGCACGAUUCAGAUGGGUAGAUGAAUCCGCGAAGGAGUACUUUCCUUGGACACCAAAACAACCUUCCAAGUGCAAAAAGAAACAGAAUUGUGUCGAACUAUAUGCCGACGAGUAUAGACGUUGGAAUAACCGGGUUUGUGAAGUCGAACAGCCCUACCUGUGCAAGACGAAUUUCUAAUGAAUACACCUGGAAGCACCUUGAAGGUUGUAAGUCAGAAUCUCCCUGGUUACUACAACAUCAGCUGCCUGUGCAUCAGGCUUUCUUUUCCAUUUGGUGUCACUAAUCAAUAAACUCUAAUCCAAGUGCAGACGAUGCUCUG